AAUAUCAUUACAACCCGCCGUGGGACUGUUGGUGUACCGAUAAAGACAAAAAGUACAAAACAAUGACCGCCAACACUGUAGUUCGUCAUGAUUUAAAGACAAUCCAAGAAGCACGAUACAUAAGAUUCUUACCUGUARAAUUUUUCGGUGGUGACAAGACGAUGAGAGUCAACGUGUUUUUCAUUAAUCAAGAAGCACCACGUGUUAACGCCACACCCUCUGAACGAUCAAUAUUCGUACAAUGGACUAUUCAACCAUGUCGUAAGCUACAUCAACUUUUCACUGGCUACCUUUUGGACGUAASUACAAAAGGAGAAUUCGAGGUUGGUCUACGGAAUACAAGUAAAAACGUCACAGGACUUCAACCAUACACUGAAUAUAAAAUACGAGUCAAGGCUGUCCCUUAUGGAUUAUGGAGCGACAACAAGAUCAUCCAGACUGACAUAGCAGUUCCACAGGUAAUCAAUAGCGUUGUUACGUUGCAGACACUCUCAUCAAAGUCUAUCAGAGUCACGUGGAAGCAUCCACAAAACCAUUCUAUCAACGGACCAUUAACAGGUUAUAGAGUUACUUACACAACAAACAAAGGCCAGUCAAAGAAUGUUGACGUAGGUGUGGUCAACACGUGGAAUAUUAMGUCACUAGAAAAGUGUACGUGGUACAGUGUAACGGUGUCAGUUAAUAACUCCAAGUACAUCGGUCCACCGAGUAAAAACGCCACUAUAAGAAUUGAAAAUGCACCGAUGUCCGGUCCCACGAAUGUUUCUGCUAUCUCGUCAAACUCUUCUUCAAUUGCUGUGUCCUGGGGUCCUGUAACAAUGGACAAUUUAACCUGUGACAUCACCGGAUAUGACGUCAAUUUGACACAACACGAAUGUGCAGAUAUAAAAAGCGGUGAUUGGAUAUUUGAAUCGACCAAUAGGAGAUCUACGAUUUUCACCGGCCUAUUGCCUUCAACAAUGUACUCUGUUUCCGUGAGAGCAAUUACGAUAGCCGGUCCAGGUCCUUAUAGCAAACCAAUUUGUGUCUCAACCACUCAAAGAAAUAUACAUGGAUGCAUCGAGAGAUCUCUUGUUGGUGAGAAUCGUCUAAUCAUUCCUAACAGUGCCUAUACAGCCUCUUCGUUCUUAUAUGACAGUAGGCAGCGUAGAGAUCAAGUGACUGGAAAACUAUACUGGGACAGGCGAUACGUACCACACGGUGCAAGGCUUUACAGCCCAUUUGGAUGGUCACCACGUUAUAAUCAUAACCCUGAGGAUUACUUACAGCUGGACCUUGGUGCUGUACGAGCCAUCACUGCUGUAGCAACACAAGGAAAUGGGAAAUCUACAUUAAAUGAAUGGACAAAAACAUUUAAACUUCGAUUUAAACAAGACACAAAUUCAACUAAAUGGAUUGAAUAUGGAGACAUCUUACAAAAUUGUUACAUGGUAACAGCAUUGUUAUUAUUCUAUAGUCAUAUAGAUUCAUUUCCGCACUGAG